CGAUUCACAUGCGCAGUGCAGCGGCUGAAGCUUCCGCUCGCUGGGUAUAAAUUUGGAUGAACUCCAUGUGUAUCAUCACUCAAUUACCUUCUUCUCAACGAGGAAGCUAAGGGCAAUGGACUUGCACCAGGGAAGUUUCUGAUCAAGGACCAUUCCACCGGACCUUCAUCUCUGGCAUCCACUUUUUGACCUUCAGCUAUUGACAGUAGAGCUGAAGAUCCAGACAGAUAACAAAAAUAAAUAAAAUGAUGGAAACGUAUUCUGAAUUUUGCAUGCAUGAGUUGAGUGUCUUCGGUGGGGCUUUGAAAGGUGGUGAGGUUGUGCUUGUGUGCUUCUUUUGCCUGCAGUUCUUUAGUUUAAUGGCUGGUCGACGAGACGGCAGGGUGUGCAGUGCCACGGUCGAGCUGAAGAGGGACUUUCGUCGAGCACUUUGUUGUGAUCUUGCGGGAUACUGAGUGAGUGAGUCAGCAAGGCGGCGUUUUGAUGGGAAGCAGAGGGUCGGAGGGACCUGACCGGCCGUCGCCGCGCGUGCCGCUGUACCUGCGGAGCACGGCCUGCUCUGAGGCUAACAGCGUGCGUCACCGCCCGGCUGCGGCCGCCGCCGCCGCCGGCCGCAGUGUCAAGGUGUCGUCCCUUGGCGGCUCGCAGGAGAGGAAGCGGGGCACGAGGGUGGUGGAGCUCGAGACGAAGCUGAGCAAGUCCCAGGCGGAGCUGAAGAAGCUAAAAGAGCGUCUGGCCGAGGCGGAGGCCGCCAAGGUCGAGGCUGAGCAAGCUCUCGCAAAGGCGAAGAAGCGGACCCCACUCGCUGCCGCCGUCGCCGUGGACGCGAAGGCGGAGGAGGAAACGCCUGCUCAGGCUCCGGAUUAUCGACUGGAAGAUGUUCGACAAAAUGUCAACGAGGAGGAGACCGUCACUUCCCCGGCGACUAUGGACGUGUUCGAAAUAGUAGUGCUGGCCGAGCCCGUCCCGCCGGAGGAUGAAGUCGACGACGAGCAGAGGAAAGAGGAAAAGGUGACGGAGAAGCAGCAAGAGGAGGAGACAAAGGCAAUGAUUGAGAAAUUAGAGAGACAUGAAGACAAUGAGACUGCUGCUGCUGCUGCUGCUGCUGUUGCAGAGGAAGAGGAAGAAGAGAAGGAAGUAGUCAUUCUAAAAGCCAAGCUUUUGGAGAAGGAGAGGGAAGUGGCAGUUCUACUCGAAGAAAACAAGAUCUUCAAUAUCAAAGCAGAGGAGGAAGCCAAGCAACUUGCAGAAUCUGCUCAGGCCAAGCAAGAACACCUCGCGGCACAGCUGAAUUCGAUAGAGAAGAAACUCAAAGACAGCAAAACCAAAGAGCAGCAAUUGAGCUCGCAGCUGGAGGCGGCAGAAGGCAGCAAGGCGACAUUGGAGAUGGACUUGAAGCGGAUGAAGGUGCAAAUCGAGCAAUGGCGGAAGGCCGCAGAGGCGGCCGCGGAGGUACUAGCCUCCGCCGGAAACGAUGCAAGUGAGGAGAUGAGUGACAGAAUCUUAGCUGAGCGUUGCAGCUCAAUGGACAAAUACCUUGAGGCCGAUUACAGAAACUGGGAAUCGCCAUCGAUCGACGAAGAUAUAGACGAGGAUGGCAGCGGCGGCGGAUGGGGAAGGAGGAAGGGUGCCGGUGUGCGGAUGUUCGGAAACCUUUGGAAGAAGAACCAGCAUAAAUGAAGUGAUAGUAGUAGUUCAUCACCCCCUUUGCUCAGUCUUCCUAUCAGUUUAGCUUCUUAUGCACUGGCCUGUGAACUCACCAAUCAAACAUGGAAGGUAGUAAGGUUAUCAGGGUUGAUGUUGUCUAUGUAUAUUCUAAAGCUCGAUAUGGAGCUUCGAAUGUUGAGCAAGAUGUUGAAAUUAUGUUGGGAAAGAAGUUGUCUA